CAAAGCUGACAGCGGUUCAGUUGUUAGCCGCAGCUCAAUGGUUGUCGAGCCUGUUGAGUUCAACUGUUUAUUCGCUGGUGAAUCUUCAACCAACCGGUUUCAUCUUUUUACACAUUUCUCCGAGCGUUUGUUCAAGAGCGAAUCGGAGUCGCCUUCUGUUUUCUCCUUCGGGAAACGCGAACGUUAGCACAAGGACGUUGGAGCUAGCCCGAGGAGUUAACGUCAGAUCGAUCAUUGUUAUCGCACAUCGAACGGACAGGGAGCACCGUCGGUGCCGGAUCGUGUGUUGUUGUUGUCUUCCCUCUGUGUCGGCUGUGUGGGGCGGACAGAGCAAGAGAGCUCGUCCAUUUUUUUUUGCAGGACAACAAUGUCGACGUCCAACGCGAAUUUCAAAAACAAGUGUGUGACCCAGGUGAACUGCGUCUUCUGCGACAGCCUGCUCUGCACCAGGGGCAUGAAAGCGGUGCUGCUUGCAGACACGGAAGUGGAGCUUUUUUCAACCGAUAUACCCCCCAAUAGAACUGUUGACUUUGUGGCCAGCUGCUACUCGACUGAAAGCUGCAAAUGCAAGCUGAGGGACAUCGCCUGUCUGAAGUGUGGUAAUGUUGUGGGCUAUCACGUUGUUGCCCCCUGUAAACCCUGCCUGCUCUCCUGUAACAACGGCCAUUUCUGGAUGUUCAACAGUGACGCCGUUUCAACUCUCAACAGACUGGAUGCAACAGGCCUGAAUCUGCUCCUGUGGGGAGACCUUCCUGAGCUGGAUGACAGCGAGAAUGAAGAAUCAGAAACCCCAUCAGAGGAGGAGUGCAUUAGGUAGGGAGGGAAAUGGACAAUGUGAGAGACCAAGACGGCCAACAUUUUUAGAUGGAGCUUCACGAGUGUGAGACAGAAAAGAGAAGCCUCAAAGGGUCAUUGUUCACUGAAUAACAUAGGGCAGGAAAGGUGCUGCUGUGCUCCUCUGUAUGGGUUAAAAUAUGAGACCAUGCUGCACCUCUGUCCUCACCCCAAACAACAAUAUCACAGCAGGUGUUUUGCCUUUGCUGCUUGUGGAGAACACCUGCUUUGACAUCACUGAUCGAGGUGUGGGCAUAAACACAGCAUUCUUGGCAGUUUGAGGAGUUAGACAUUUUUGGCCCUAUGUAAUUGAGUGGCAAAUUACCCUUUAACCUAUGACCACGCCUUUUCCAUCAUUGGUCACUGUAAAAGCACAGACACACACACUUUCACACUCACAUUCUCUCUCUCUCUCUUGAAUAUUGCGUGAGCUAUCCUAAAGCAAGUGGCCAAAGUAGACUGAAAAUAACACACACCUUGAGAACUUUAAUCUGGUGUGUUCUACUUUUCAUUAGUCUCCACUGGGAUCACGGUUUUGAUCGGCCUCCUGAGAAGUGUGGUAUAAAUCAGUGGAACUUACUGUGCCAGUGAAUGCAGUGCUUUUUCCCGUUUACGUGAAGUCCACUUUUCUGAUAAAAUGACCACACUUCGCUUGCCUUCCUCUUAACAGCACAUCUACAGUAAUCUGCACAUUGAAUAUGCUGUGAUAAGCAUUUAAUCCCAUUAACAGUCAAGGCUUACAUUUUCUUUGUGUGUCUGGGUGCUGAGAUGAGUUUAAGUGCUUUUUUAAAUCUAAAAAUGUAUUGGGGAAAUAGCACAAUUAUUGAAUGAAAUGGGUGUAUAUAUAUAUACAUAUAUAUAUAUGAGUUUAAGGGUGUAUUUAAUUUAAAUCACCUUACAAUCUGAUAUAGUAUAAAAUGUUACACCUGACAGCAGCAGUAUGUGUUUAACACCAAGAUGAAUUUUGACGGUAGUGGUGUCCGAUACUAACAUAUAGCUUAUGCAUAAUGUGUGCUUCCACAGCAGUCCAAGUUGUACUUUUGUGUUUUUUUUACUUCAAAUAAGGCAAAAAAAAUAGUGUAAACUAGAAUGCAAAUCAACAAAAAAUGAUUGGUUCUAAAAGAUUUGUGUCCACAAUAUUUUUUCAUUCCACCCACUAUUUUAUGUAGCAGCACAACUGUAGCAUCUGAAGAGAAGAAAAAAAUAAAACUCCAAAGAAUCAUAAAACAUAUCAAUAUUGAACCCUCAGACUAGCUAUCCAUAUUAGAAGAUAGUUAUGACAUUUUCAAAAACAGUAUUUCACUUUUUUUCAUUUGUGUAGUGAAGUUAAAGCCAGUGCAUUUGGCUACUAAUCUCUUAACGCUCAGUAUUCCAUUGGCCUUACUGAUGCUGUGAUUGCUGACAAAGUACCUUUGUUAAAGCUGCAGACUUGGGGUCGAUGUUGCACGUUAGUUGGUCAUCACUAAAUGACCGGGCCUUUCUUGUCAGCCUGUUGUGCCAGACACAAGCCUCAGCAUCCUCCAGUCACAAGGGACGCAACUCAAAUCGAUCCAUUUUUGGCAGUGCCAUCCUCGAGCUCUUGUUAUUGUUUCACUGCUGUGCCCUGCUAUGAUGCUACGAUCCUGUCUUAAAGUAACAGUUGUUUCUGUGAGUGAAUGAAUUAUACGUAUGGUUGGGAUAUGUUGUUGAAGAAGCAAACAUAGAAUGUCACUUCUAACGUAAAGGAUAAAGGAAGUGGUUUCUUUUUUAAAUCUAUAAUUAUGUUUAUAGCUAUAGCAUUUAGUUGCGGAAAAAAACACACAGACUACGAACAUUUUGUCCAGAAUUUCUCGUCAUUAACAAGUUCUAACUGACAGUGCUAUACUUGUACACCAAAUACUGUCUAAUGUGGUAAACUUAUAGGAUACAUUACAUCAAAUAGCUAUUUAUUAAGUCUGCAAACCAAAUAUCUGUAAUGUCAUUCACCCCUUUUUUGUUUACAGACUUUGUUUACAAAUUAUUUGUAUUGUGCUGUAGUACUUAUGUUUUUGUUCACGUAUUUAAUAUUUCAUUUGUGACGUAGUGCUUUGUUUUCUGUUUAUAAUAUGGGACGUGUACAGUUUUACCUCAAGCAGGUAUACUUGCAAGCUUCCUCUGGCUAGGACAAAUGUCAAAUGAUAAUCAAAAGAAUUAUUUAAAUGGCUGUUUCUGAUGUGAAUAAGUAAGAUUAACAUGCCCUGCUGAAAAUGUAUAUUUUGGAAUUGCACUGAAACUGCAUUGGUAGUUUGAAGAAAUGAUUUGUUGUUUUUGUAUGCCUGUUAACUUAAUAAACUUUUUUUUUUUUC